AUGGCUUCCGCCGUCUUUGACAUCCAGCAGCAUGUCAUCCCCGGCGAGCACACGCGCGAGUAUGCGCGUUCCAAGGCCAACUCUCAAGAGGAGACGCUGUUCAUCCAGGUGAAGCAAUAUACUCCCAAAGGCAACGGCGCGCCCCAAAAGGGCGACCUCAACAUCAUCGGCGCGCACGCCAAUGGCUUCCCCAAGGAACUAUACGAGCCUCUGUGGGAAGAUUUGGUCAAGAACCUUGCAAACAAGGGUGUCCGAGUCGGCUCAAUCUGGAUAGCAGACUGCGCCUGGCAGGGACAGAGCGGCAUCGUGAACAAAGACACACUUGGUAAUGACCGUACGUUGCGCCCCCCUUCCCCCAUCAAUGACAAGACUGACACGACGAAAAUAGCCAGCUGGUUCGACUACUCUCGGGACAUGCUCCAGAUGAUCAACCACUUCCGCAUGCCGCGCCCGCUCGUCGGCAUCGGCCACUCCUUUGGCGCCUGCGCCAUCGUCAAGCUCGCCCUCUUCCACCCGCGCCUCUUCAGCUCGCUCGUGCUCGUCGACGCCGUCAUCGCCACGCACCACCCAUCGCACGUCGACGGGUACAUGCAGCCGCCGUCCAUGAGCGCGCGCCGCCGCGACGUCUGGCCGAGCCGCGCCGCCGCCGCCGCCGCCUUCCAGAAGAGCCCCUUUUACCAGAGCUGGGACCCGCGCGUCUUUGCCCGGUGGGUGGCGCACGGCCUGACGCAGCCCGACCCCGCGCUCCCAGACGUCACCCUCACCACCACCAAGCACCAGGAGGUCUUUACCUUUAUGCGCCCGAGCCACGACGCCCUCACCCCCGACGGCGCCGCCGUCGCCGACCCCGACCUCGUGCCCGACAUGGACUGCACCCACGGCGUCAUGGCCCCCAUCUACCGCCCCGAGCCGGGCCUCGUGUUCGACGAGCUGCCGCAUCUGCGGCCCAACGUGCUCUGGGUCUUUGGUGGCUCUAGUUACAUGUCGCUCGAGGCCAUGCGCGAGGAAAAGGUGAGCGCCACGGGCGUCGGCGUCGGCGGCAGCGGCGGCGUCGCGGCCGGUCGCGUCACGCAAGUCGUCGGGGAGGGCUGGGGCCACCUCAUCCCGCUCGAGGCGCCGGGGUUCGUCGCCGAGGCCGCUGCCGCCAGCGUCGCCGAGACGGUGAGGCGCUGGCAGCGCGAGGAGCGCACGUACGAGGUUUGGACCGCGAAGCCGCUGGCGGAAAAGUCGAGGAUCCGCCAGGAGACGCUCGACGCCAUGACCAAGGCCAUGGCAAAGAUUUAA